CUCAGCGUCGCUCACAACGUUUAAGAUGGCGUCUGGCUUUGGCUUCAACGGAGGUGUACCACGCUGUUUCCCGUACUGGCAGGAGUUUCAGAAGUGCUACGCUCAAACAGAUGUGCCCGCGAAGUGCAGACCGCCACUAGACGACUACUUAGAAUGCUUGCAUCACACCAACGAGAUUGCCCGCGCGAAGGCCAUCAAGUCUGAGUUCAUCCGCAAGGCCGAGCACCAGGCAACGGAGGGCCGGAAAGCGGCGGAGAUCGUUGCAGACGGUGCUAUCGUGGGUGUUGGACUUAUCAAGCGAAGUCAGGAGGAAGCAGAGUCUAAGUAGGUACUCGCAAGGCUCAAUAUAUUGCUGUGCACAUUGUUCCUUGUG